CCAUCCUUCCCACCCGCAGCCUCCUCACUCAACCAGCCCAGCUAGCUCAUCCAUCCAUUCAUCCCUCACGCUGCCGCUAGCGUCCUACAGAGCCCACCAGCACUAGGCGAGGCAGCCACAGCCAAGCUACCAUGCUUGGCAUCCGCGUCCUCCGAGGCGCGCCACCGGCGGCCCCCGCGGCACCGCCCAAGAGUCACCGCUGCAGCGCGGCCACGGCGUCCUCCCCGCAGCUGGCCAUCCCCGCGGCCGUCUCGCUCUCGCUCCUCCUCUGGUCCAGCCCAGUGAACGCCGGCAUCCUGUCAGGGUCUACCGGGCUGGAGUCGGUCCCGCCCCCCGUGAUGCCCCGGCUCGAGUUCUUGGACAAAUGGAAUGCGGAGAACCAGAGGAAGUACGCCGAGAAUGAUUCGAGGUUCAAGUCUUCCAAGGUGCUCAAGGAGCUGCUCGAGAGGUCCAAGCAGAACAAAGAGAAGAAUGAGAGGCAGAUCCAGGACAAAUACUGCCUGCGCGGCGCCGAGUGGGGCGUCGGCGACUGCUCGACGGUGGGGAUGUCGGACCAGGAGAGGGAGGAUUUCAUUGCGGAGCUGAGGAAGAGAACUGAGGGGCAGUGAAUACAGCAUCUUAGUAUUGAGUUUUGCCGCUUCUUGCAGUAUCCCGAGAUACUAGGACAGAGAUGGAUUUGUGUGUGUGUGUCUCUUGAACUUCGGAACACUCCAGGAGACUGUCUUGUCUUAUUACGUGACACGUCAGUUAAAAAGACAACAAAAUAUGUUAAGAAAAGACAAAAUCUAGUACAAUAGAAAAUUUGUCUUAUCUUUGCCUUAUCA